AGGCAUCAUCAAUUCAUCAAUCAAGAGAGAGAGAGUAGAGAGAGAGAGAUGGUGUCGUACAUGAACUUGGUGAUCUACGGCAUCGGCGGAAUAGUGGUGGCCGGAAUGGCGUUGCUGGUGGCGUUUCAGGAGAAGCUUGUUUACGUCCCCGUCUUACCCGGUCUCACCAAGUCCUAUCCCAUCACUCCCGCUCGUCUCCGCCUCCUUUUCGAGGACGUCUGGCUCACUUCCUCCGACGGCGUCCGCCUCCACUCCUGGCUCAUCAAGUUCUCUCCCGAUUGCAGAGGUCCCAAUGAUUCAAUAAGAGCUAGUGCUUACUUGACUAGUCUUCCUGCUUUCAUAAGCCUUCAUUGGAAGAAUCUUUAAUGUUUUGAGGUUGUGUUAUUUUGGUAUUAUAUAUAUUGAGAAUCUAGCUGUACUGCUGUACAAGUUGCGUUAUUAUUUAUGUAUUUCACUAGCAACAGGUUUGUUGACCGAAUGGAUUGAAGCACAUUAUGAUCGUGGUAUAGAAGUGUAGCCUGUAGGGGUGCAAACGAGCUCGACCAGGCUCGAGGUCGAGCUUGCUAAACUUAUGAAAGCUCGCACUCGAGUUUGGCUCAGUUCGAGCUCGGCUCGUUGGUAAUUUCUCAAGCUCGAGCUCGGCUCGUUUAGUGUCUAUUAAAUAAAAAAAAUAUAAAUAAUAGACUCUUUUAGGCUCGCAAGCUCGAUAAGUGAAGCUCGGGCUCGGGCUCAUUUACUAAACAAGCUUAUUUUUAGGUUUGGGCUCGGCUUGUCAACAAGCUUAAAUAAGCUCAGCUCGGCUCGAGCUCAGGCUUGAUAAAUAAACAAGCUUUAUUUUAGGCUCAUGCUUGGCUCGGGCUCGAUUAGGCUCGGCUUGUUUCGAGCUUUUUCUCGAGCUGCUCGCAAGCUGCUCGGCUCGUUUGCACUCCUACGUAGAAGCAUGUCAGAGUCAGAGACAAUUUUCUUUUGUAGUUAAUCAGAAAAAAUUAAGCAAAGUCAAGUAGUUUCAUUUGCACAGACCCUGUGAUCCAUUUACCCAUAUCAUGUUUUCAACUAAAAUGAAUUUUAAUCAUUUAAUUAAGCUUUUUUCCAGUCUCAAAUCUGUGAUUGAAAGUAUUAAUUUUUUUUUUGCAGGCCCAACUAUUCUGUUUUUCCAAGAAAAUGCUGGAAAUAUUGCACAUCGUCUUGAGAUGGUGCGCAUUAUGUUACAAAAGUUGCAUUGCAAUGUUUUCAUGCUUUCUUACAGAGGCUAUGGUGCUAGUGAUGGUUAUCCUUCUCAACAAGGAAUCACUAUGGACGCGCAGGCUGCACUAGACCAUCUCAGUCAGAGAACGGAUAUAGACACUUCUCAGAUAGUAGUAUUUGGAAGGUCUCUUGGUGGGGCCGUUGGUGCUGUUGUUUCUAAAAAUAAUCCAGAUAAGGUGGCUGCAUUAAUAUUGGAGAACACUUUUACUUCAAUUCUAGACAUGGCUGGAGUUUUAUUACCGUUUUUAAAGUGGUUUAUUGGAGGAAGCACUUCUAAAGGCCUUAAAGUUCUUAAUUUUGUUGUUCGUUCUCCUUGGAGCACGAUUGAUGAGAUCGGACAGGUUAAACAGCCAAUUCUUUUCCUUUCUGGAUUAAGAGACGAAAUGGUUCCUCCAUUUCACAUGGAGAUGUUAUAUGCAAAAGCAGCUGCACAUAACAAAAAAUGUGUUUUUGUUGAUUUCCCAACUGGCAUGCAUAUGGACACGUGGCUGGCUGGCGGUGAACAUUAUUGGAACACCGUUAGGACAUUUAUACAGCAAAAUGUCUUGGAAAAAGGUGACGAAUCGCAGAACAAAGAAAACGAUUCUGAAUCCAGUGAUUGUGUGAGAUAAAGACGACUGUAUUUGUCUUCUUUCUUGACAUUUGCAGAGAUGAAAAGCUCGUUGUGAUGGUCACAAAGUGUCUUUGCUUUACGAACCCGGAUGCUGCACAAAUCAGAAUAUACAUCAGAUUUUUGUGCUCCUUUUUACAUUACCAAACUGGGUCCUAAUUUGUUUACAUUUAAAUUAAAUAGUUUCUUUUUGUUUGUAGAAUUACAUUACAAAUGUUAUGAUUUCUAAGUAGAAAUCCAGUCACAUAUUAGUUUUUACAUCCUUCUAAAACAGAAAGCAGCCUUUGAAAAGGCAGUAGUUUCUUAUCGACGUUUAUUGAAUAUUUUGUGAAGUGGGUCAUGUUUGGGCUAAUCA